CGUCUAUUGGUAUUACGACAUUGCUUUCUACUUUAUCGCACAUGUGUUCAAUUCCGACAUGGGACAGGUGGAGGUAAGGCUAAAAAGUGAGCUUUUGAUUGUCAGGAAAAAUUUGUAACAAUAAUUCUUAUGAUAAAAUCUUAAAGACAAAUUAUAUAAUAUUUAUUGUCAAACAAGGACAAUGUAUUGUAGUGUUUUAAAGACUUUUCGAGAAUAACAAUGGUCAUUUAAGUUAAAAAACUCUAACAAGUUGCAUUGCUGGAUCAUUGUUUACAUCACUCAGUUUACUAAUAUUGUAAUUUUAUUGAAAAUAAAAAAUAAUUAAGACGCAAUGACUGAGUCAACAGCUAGUUCAAUUAAUGCUAAUGUUAAAAGUGAAUCUGUAAAUUAUAUUCCAGAAGUCCGUCGAAUGAUGUAUGGAUUUGGCGAUUGUUCAGAGCCUCUUAUUGAAUCGGCGAAAAUCAUCAAUAGUGUUGUACAGAGACAAAUGAAAUCCAUUGUUUAUGAAGCUAGCAAAAUAGCCGACAUGAGGGAUUCUCAAAUUGUUGAAGAAAGAGAUUUUCUAUUUUUGUUAAGACGUGAUAAAACACAGUUGCAGCGUCUUCUAAAAUAUUUAGAUCUUAAGGAUUUCAAGUCUUCGAUCAAUAAGGUUCUAGACAGUGAAUUAAACGAUGAUCUACUUGAUGAUACCCAAAAUAAUGCAAAAAAGAAAAGUUCUCAUAGAAAAUUUAUUGAAUCAAUAGAUACCAUUGGUGUUCUGACUGAUUCAGAAAACCACAUCGAUUAUGUUAAACGCAAUCGAGAAAUCCGUGCUGAAUUAGCAAGUAGGAAGAUGGAUAGUUUACAAUAUUUGGAAUACAGUAAAGCGAGAGCUGCAUCAUUUGCCAAUAAAUAUAAUCAUAAAUUUGAAUCUUGGAUUGCAACUGAUAAUGACAUAAAAAUUUCCAAGUCGUCGUAUACAAUACUUGGAUACCUUGCAUUUGAAACCGUCGCACAAAUAAUGGAUUUAGCUUUUUUAGUACGACAAGACCAAAGUAAAAUACAUGGAGAUAGUUUAGAUAGAUUACGGUUUAGUUUCUAUAAUCCUUAUACGUACAAACCUCAUCAGUAUGGAAAAGGAACUAGUGUUAAGCCAAUUACGCCAGCAGAAAUAAACGAAGCUCUUCGACGUUUCUGGUCACCACAACUCGAUACCAUGGGACCAUUCCAACGACGUUCAAUUCAUCGACAAGAUUGUAAAUUCCUCGCCUUCGAAACAACUUAAAAUUUACGACUUAAAAUAGAAGUUUAAAUAAGGUAAUAAAGACUGUAUUAUAUACAUAAGUCUUACAAAGGUUUUAUUACAUUAUCUACAAUUAUGUGCACUAUAUCAGUCAAAAGUCAAAAAUAUCAUCUCAACAUCUUUGCCAAAUUCAUUAAGAGUUUAUACAAAGGCUAAUUUUAGUUUUGUAUCAUGGCGAAAGAAGGGUAGAAACUCUUGCUUUACCCUCGGCUCCACCUGUAAUACAUGUUCCGGAUUGAUUGGCAGUAGACCAGUCACAACAUAAUGUUCCUUUAUGACCACCAAGUUCUAGGAUUUUUGCUUGAGCACCUGGUGGCAUCUGAAAUUUAUAUUUCCACAUAACAGAUAUACUAUUAAAUACAAUUGUAAUAAGAUAAAAAUAAUUAUUCAGCUAUGUGUAAAUCUUUUGUUAAAUGUAAUAAAUAUGAAAUAUAAUUA